AUCUGUAAUAUCGAUUGUUGGUAAUAAUAAAUUUGUACAUGCUGCAUAUUAAACGCACACUCACCCAGUGGCGCUGCUUGCAGCCGCGCUGUUUUACGAAAAAAAACAACGUAAACAAUGUGUUCUGAUUCCCGAUGAACGACAAAGAUUAUUUUGGCAGUUACGAACUGUCACAAACGACGUUAAACAGUUUGAAGGAAAUCGAUAACCUCUUGGAUAAUGACAAUUUGGCAAACGUCGCCUGGAGUGUCAUAAACCCAAAACGAGAAACGAAGAGGGACCUCGAUGAUGGGGUUGAGCAAAAAGUUGAAAGGAAAAUUGAUGACGAUGCGGAUACUGUACCUGUCGAGAGCUCGUCGACUCAAUUUUUCUUCAGUCAAAAAGAUCGAAGCUUGCUGCCCCUGAAAUUAAACAAAGAAGAAAUUGUUCCACAAUGGCAAGACGUCGCCGAAUCGUUAUUCGAAUGUGUAGAAAAUAUAAGUGACAGGUUGCCGGUUGUAUACUUGAAAAGUUUGACAGAUGACCAAGCCGAAUCUGCUAUCAAAUAUUUGAGCGAGAAAUUGAGCCUCAAGGGCACUUAUAAUCUUUGUCACUCCAUCUGCUCUCUCGAAGAUGAACACAGUAUAAGAUUCGUGAGAAUAACUUGCAACAACCUUUUGCUACCAAAAAUAAUUGAUUUAGAAGAGCCAUCACGCUUAAUGAGCAAUGUGAUACAUGAACUAGUUGAAAAAUUUCCAGAAGAUGUGCGAGAGUUUAUAUUUAUGCCAAUGCUCAAUAUUCAAAUUCGAGACACAUCGGUUUUUUCUGUGAUCGUCGAUCGUUAUCCUUCAUCACAAAAAAAUGACUUAAUCCUGAGUUUUCUCACGAUCGUUCAAGAACUCAAGGAUUGGCAUGUUAGCAUCUUAUCUCAGUUAAUAACAACAACAUUAUCUGACCAUGUUGCUAAAGAUAAACUGCUCAGCUUAAUGUCGGAGAAAGCUACGACUUAUUCGCGAGAUAAAAAAUUUGGAAAAUUUGUUCUUUCCUACAUUAAACUCAAUAACCCUUUCACUGAUCGCCAGAAGUCAAUGUUGACUGAAAUUGUUGCAGUUAAUGAAACAAUAUUUAAAAAAGUGACUGAGAGUUUGCUAACAAAUAUGUAUCUCUAUGGAGAUUUUUGGCACAUUGCCUAAUGUUUUAAGAUAUUUACGUUUUUAAGUUUGUUAAAUAUAAUGUACAAUAUUUGAAAAAAUUGUUUUUUUCAACCUAAUUUUCACAAAGACCUUUUUUGCAACAAAAAUUACUGAUCAACUAUUUUUUUCAUUCUUAUUGAGGUUG